GUUUGUGUGAAGUCUCCCAUUCCUUCUGCUGGAAUCUCUUCCUCUGAAGCGGUCACCAGCGUGUGGAGCCUGCCCCACACCCAUCACCUGCCAAACCACGGCCUUUACCUGUGUCUUCCGGUGUUUCCCGUGCGACCCGUCCUGCGGGAGUGCCUCCUGGGCCACCCCAGAGUUCACGCAGCGCUCAGUGGCUCCAAUGGUGAAGAUGACAAGGUCCAAGACUUUCCAGGCGUAUCUGCCUUCGUGCCACAGGACCUACAGCUGCAUUCACUGCAGAGCUCAUCUUGCCAACCACGAUGAGCUCAUUUCCAAGUCCUUCCAAGGAAGCCAAGGACGAGCGUACCUCUUCAAUUCAGUAGUUAAUGUGGGUUGUGGCCCUGCCGAGGAGCGGGUGUUAUUAACAGGCUUACAUGCGGUUGCAGAUAUUUACUGUGAAAACUGCAAAACCACACUGGGUUGGAAAUAUGAACACGCUUUUGAAAGCAGCCAGAAGUAUAAAGAAGGCAAAUACAUCAUUGAACUAGCUCACAUGAUCAAGGAUAAUGGCUGGGAUUGAAUGGAAAGAGCCCAGUCCUACCAGCGUGUAAGAGAAUGCCAUCCAACCGAACAUUAUAUCCAAGAGUGAGAGAGUGACUGAACGCUUGGUUCCAUGCAUUUAGAGGCUCUGCAACUUGGGAGCAUCUUCACACCCUUCUCCAUCUUUAUUGGUGACUGGCCUCUAAAUUUCUGUCUCUCUGUCUCUUUGCUUUGUAUCUGUUUGUGAGUUGACCCUGGCUGCUUCUCUCUCUGUUCUGGCGUUGGCUAAGAGAAUGCACCGAAUGCCCAACAGCCAUUCCGUGUUGACGAAUGUUUAAUUACAAACUGAAGUUGGCUCUGUGGUGUCAUUUCAUCAGAAGGUCUCGGUGCGGGAGGAAGACCCGAGUUUUGGGCAGGCGAAGGUGAUAUAGGGGGUGGGGAGUGGGCCCGAAGGGAAGUCAUCAGAAGUUGAAACUGUACUUCUCCUUUCAGUCCUGGUUAACCAAGGCUUGAAACUAUCUACUUGUCUAAAUGGACAGAAAAAUACCUCACGGCUGCGUUCCCUCUGAAUCAUAAAACUGCUGCUCCAUCGGUGGAGCUUCAGUCUAAGCCGGCUGAGCAAAAGUCACAACCCCGCCAGCUAAUCGCAAAUCUGUGUUUCGUUUGCCGCUGACAGAGUUGUUGCUUGGAGGACCUGAAGGCUGGAGAGAUUCCCUGCCUCUCCUUU